UCUCUCGUUCAUUGCAGCAGCAGCGCAAACAAAUUGCAGUUUAUCGUUCAGUUUCGUUAAGUUGAGUUUUGAAGUGCGCAACGCGAUGUUUAUGUGAAGACAAAGUGACAAUAAAACAACAACAAUAUAUAGAGAAUAUUGAGAAGCAAGCAAAUAAUAAUAAACAAUUAACAAAAUGCAUACAGUGGAGCAUAUGCUAGUGGAAAAGAACUACAGCAAGUGUCCUUUGAAGAAGCGACCGGUUAAUUAUCAGUUUGAAGCCGAGCCGCAGGAUUUGUGCCUGAAAAAGCAGCAGCAUGAGGCAGCAGCAGAAUCAGCAGUAACAACGAUAACAACAGCGACAACAACAACAACAAAGGCGGCAGAGGACGAGCUGAUCAAUGUGAGCGAUUGCUGCGAGGACGAAGGCGUCGAUGUGGAUGACGAACAGAUGGAAUUGGAAUUGGAGCACGAUGAGGAUAUGGAGGACGAUGAGGAUGAUGUGGAUUGUGUGAAUGUGGAAGCUGAUCCCAAGCAGACACAAGCUGCCGCUUUGGCCGCUGCCGCUGCUGUGGCCGCCUCUGCCGCUGCCUCUGCCGCCGCGGUGGUAGUGCCCACGCCCACAUAUCCCAACUAUGGCGCGCUACAGUGGAACUUCCCUAUGACGCACUAUACGGCCGAAUUCUAUCGCACCAUCAAUCAGCCGCAUUUGAGCGCUGCAGCCGCUGCUGCCGCAGUCGCCGCCUCUGCCGAGCUGCUGUCGCCGAGCUCGCCAUCGGAUUCGUUGGGUUCGCUGUCGCCGCCGCCGCAUCAUUAUCUGCACGGACGCGCCAGUUCCGUGUCGCCGCCAAUGCGCUCCGAGAUGAUCCACCGACCGCAGCUGGGAGUGCGUCACCAGCAGCAGAGUUUUCUGCCGUAUCCCACAUAUCCUGCGGCAUACACUGCCCUGGGUUAUCCGCACCAUCAUCAACAGCAGCAUCUGCAUCAUGCGCCCAUUUCACCCGCUUACUCCGAGAGCUCCUAUUACUCCAUGCGCAGCUUGACACCCGAAUCCGCUGGCAGUUGCUGCUCCGUUCCCGAGGAUCUGUCGCUGAAGCACAAACAAAAUGUCAGCCAGACACAACAACAACAACAACAAGCGCCUGCUGUCUGCUCCUUGCCAGCUGUCAGCUCUACCGCCGCCUCCUCCAUCACUUCCUCCGCCUCCGUCACUUCCUCCUCCUCCGCCGCUUCGAAGAAGGACAAAUCCGCGCCGCCGCGUUAUCAGUGCAACGAUUGCCAGAAAUCCUACUCCACAUUCUCCGGCCUCACCAAACAUCAGCAGUUCCAUUGUCCCGCCGCGGAGGGUAAUCAGGUGAAGAAAUCCUUCAGCUGCAAGGAUUGCGACAAGACCUACGUCUCAUUGGGGGCACUCAAGAUGCACAUACGCACACACACCCUGCCCUGCAAGUGCAACAUGUGCGGCAAGGCCUUCUCCCGUCCCUGGUUGCUGCAGGGACACAUACGCACCCACACCGGAGAGAAGCCCUUCAGUUGCCAGCACUGUCAUCGCGCCUUUGCCGAUCGCUCCAACCUUCGGGCUCAUCUGCAGACCCAUUCGGACAUUAAAAAGUAUUCCUGUGGCAACUGCUCCAAGACAUUCUCGCGCAUGUCGCUGCUGACGAAGCACAACGAGGGCGGCUGUCCGGGAGGCAGUGGUACCACCUCCACCUCCAGCUCCAGUUCCGGCUCCAGCGCAACAGGCUCCAACUCGGAGCUAUCCUACGGCGGCUAUCCCGAGCCAUAGGCUCAUUCAAAUAGACCAGAAAACCAGAAGUUGUACACAAGCCAUGUUCCACCAAAAAUUAGUUCCUAAAUAGCUCGAGAAAACUUGACAAAACAAAAGCAACUUAAAAACACCCAAGACACACACACAACACACACACACACCCAGUGAAGGAAUUCUUAAUUUCUUAAUUUAAGCAUUUUUUAUUUUAAUUUUUUUUCUUAUUUUCUAGUCAGCAUUUUCUUUGCCAGAGAAAAGUAAAAAAAACGCAAAAAAAAAAUUGAAUUAAUUUGUUAAUUUUCCACUAUUAUUAUUAUGAUUUUUCUUUUUUAACCACAACUUUAUAUAUACAUAUAGUGUGUGUGUGUGUGUCAUGAUCCUAAACCGAACUAUAUUGUAAAGUAUUUGCAAGUGUCCUGUACAUAAUGUAUUACGCCCCGGCGUCUAACUUUAGCGACUCUAAAGAGCACCCUGUAUAACUACUAUAUACUACUGUAAAGCUACAAACGACAGAGAAACCUUCUAUAUUAUAGAUGUACUAUAUUUGUA